AUGCAGAUCAUGGCAGUAAACAAGAGCUUGGAACGAACAAAAUGCUUCGUGCUGCUGUCCAAGAACAAGGAUCAAGCUGAGCUGCGGCGAUCACACUCGGAGUGCUCCAACCCCAUUGCGGCGGAUCGUCAGCUCGUCGCCGGAGCGGUGGCGGCAGGCGGAGGCGGCUCCGACGUGGAGACGACGACGGCGGUGCGGUGCGCGUGCUGCAGCGUGACGGAGGAGUGCACGGCCGCCUACAUCCGCCGCGUCCGGGCGGCGCACUGCGGCUACUGGGUGUGCGGCCUCUGCGCGGAGGCCGUCAGCGAGCGGCUGCGCCGCCGGGCGCCCGCCGACGGCGGCGCCACCAUGGAGGAGGCGCUGCGUUCGCACAUGGCGGUGUGCAGGAACUUCAACUCGACGACGAGGCUGAACCCAAAGCUCUCCCUCGCCGGCUCCAUGAGGGACAUUGCCAGGAGGAGCUUCAACCGGCGGACGUCGUCGUCGUCGUCGUCGCCGGCGACGUGCCACGACCAGCUCCGGGUUGGCAAAACGAUGGCGAGGACACUCAGCUGCCAGCCAAGGUUCUUGACGUGA